CUUGUGCAUAAGAACAGGAGACUUGAAAUUCAGAGGGAAGAAAGAAGAGAGGAAGGAGAGUGUAACUACACUCAAAUUUCAAGACAAUCCGAUGGAGGCACCGCCAUCGUCGUAUUCCUUGUCUCCAGCAAGCCAAUCAUCGAUAACAUUCUAUGAUUUUCUCGAUAAAAUGCGAAAUCCUGCUUCUCUCGAUCUCGUCAGAGCCAUCAAGAGCUUCAUUGUAUCAUUCUCAUUUUACACGGCCAAUCCUGAAAAUGAUGGCAAAAGGGUACAAGAGUUCUUCUCCACAAUGGAAGCUACUAUCAUAGAACAUCCAUUAUGGGCUGGUGCCACAAAUGAAGAAGUUGAUUGUGCAAUGGAGGGUUUAGAGAAAUAUGUGAUGACAAAAUUGUUCUCCCGAACAUUUACCGCUUCUCCUGAGGAUGUUAAGAUUGAUAGAGAAAUCUUUGAAAAGAUACAAUUGUUACAAACGUUCUUGAGACCUGAGCAUUUGGAUAUUCCAAAAUUCCUUCAGAAUGAAGCUUCAUGGCUGCUUGCAGAAAAAGAAUUGCAAAAGAUCAAUGCUUUCAAGGCUCCUCGUGAGAAGCUUCUAUGUAUAAUGAGUUGUUGUAGAGUCAUCAAUAAUUUGCUGCUCAAUGCAUCAAUUUCAGAAAAUCAUGCACUGGGAGGGGCUGAUGACUUUCUUCCUGUUCUCAUUUAUGUUACAAUCAAGUUUCUUGAGCAGGCCAAUCCUCCUCAGUUGCAUUCCAACCUCAAAUUCAUCCAAUUGUACCGUAGGCAGGCAAAACUGGUCUCUGAAGCAGCUUAUUAUUUUACAAAUCUUGUCUCAGCCAAAUCCUUUAUCAUCGACUUAAAUGCCAAGUCUCUUUCCAUGGAUGAAAUUGAAUUCGAACAAAGUAUGCAAUCAGCAAGGCUGGCCAACAACAAAUCACAAGUGGAACCAUCAUCUAUAUCAUAUGGAAUGACAGAUUUAGGAGCAGAGACAGGUCCUGGUACUUCAACAAGCAUGGACGAUGUAGAAACAAAUAUGAAUGGCACAUUACAUUAUCCUUAUAUGGAAGCUGAGGCUGGCGAAUUGACGGUCAAAGAUGUUGAGAGAUUGCUAAGUCUAUACAAGGAUGUGGUUACAAAGUAUACUAGCCUCUGCAGUGCAGUUAGACGAAUUUCCGAGUCUGGCAUGGUACCCUCUCAUCCUAUUUUCAGAGGAACCAGCGCCUUUUCCUCGCAAGUUGAGGGACAACCUGAGGGAACAGAUGUUAGCGUAGAUGUCAAAGAAGAAGAACAAAGUCGUAAACAAAUUUGCAAGUAAUCUGUUGCUUAUUAGAGAUCUAGAGUUUUUUUUUUUUCCUGUUCUCUUCCAAGGCUUGAUAUUCUUGGAAUAUAAUCUUUCAUCUUCGCUUUUGUAUUCCCUUUUUUCUGAUAAAUCUUGCAUUGGAGAAUCAAUGUACAUAACAUUAUGAAGAGCUAAAUAUACAUAACAUUUUCAUUC